CCUCCAACCGAUUCCUGUCGCCUACGCGACCCCCGUCCCACCAUCAUGACAUCCACCGCCUCCUACAGCGACGCCGACGUCUCCAUCGGCGGAGGCUCCGGUAUCUACGUAAACCAAAACGGAUCAACCUCGCAGACGCAGCAGCAGCACCAACAGCAACAGCACAUACAUACCGAUCCAGACAUUCAAAUGCGCGAAAAUAUACAACAAUUGCAAUCUGCCGAUCUGAUGCAGCACCAGCAGACUUCGCAAGCCCACCAGAUGAACGCGUUGAGCGCCGCGCAUCACCAUUUCCAAACGCCCCCGCGUCCGACACAUUCUCCCCAGCACAUGGCACAGUCCGCCCAGUCAGUGAUGGGUCUGGAAGAUCCCAAUGCGUAUGGCGACGACAGCGCGAGUAGAAAACGUUCCAAAGUUUCCCGCGCCUGCGACGAGUGCCGGCGGAAAAAGAUCAGGUGUGAUGCUACCACUGAGAAUGGCCCGGAAGCCUGCUCGAGCUGCAAAAGAACUGGCGUAAGGUGUCAGUUUAGUAGACAGCCUAUGAAACGAGGACCCAGCAAAGGAUAUAUUAAAGAGCUAGCUGAACGAGUCUUCACGCUCGAGAACCAAAUGGGAAGUGGCCCGACUACGACAGCCUACGAUCUUGGUGGUGUUGGCGACCAAAUGGUGGGAGAUGUGCAACCUCCGCAGAUGCAGAGGAAGCGCACCCACUCCAUGUCGGAAAAUUAUGGAGAUAGUAUCAACCGUCCGUGGUCUGGCCACGAUCGUGAAUCUGCCUCCAACGGAAUGGACGUGCACAACAGGCGCGGCUCUUUUACGGAGAUGACAAUGGCAGGCGAGUUAAUCACAGGAGCGAACGAAACCGCCAUCAAAGCUUAUUACGAAUACAUUCACCCGGCCUUGCCUUUGUUACCACCAAAUUCAAAUCAUUUGAAUCGUCUAUUCAACAGCCCUUCCAAACUGAGGGAGGCUUUCUUCAAAUCCUUGGAAUGCUCUGUACGCCCGUUUUCUCCGAGAGAAUUGGCGAACGUCGAGCCCAGUCCGCAACUCUGCUACGAGCUCAUUGAAUCAGCAAAACAGCUUCUACAUGACGCAGACAGCUCGCGACAGUUUUACAACAACCUCGCGUAUUGCCAGUCGUUGAUAUUCCUGAUAAUUGCAUCCGACAGACCUGGGCCAAGCACCGUGGGGAGCACUGCCGAGCUCCUUGGACGGUUGGUUGGAUGCAUCAAUGAAUCCGGACUAAACGAUGCCAAGGUGCUUUCGCUGUUGCGCAGCCAGGAUCACGACAUCUACGAAGCAGCCCGACGGACUUUUUGGGUAGCGUUCAUUCUGGAUCGAUUCUACGCUGCAAGCAGGGAAAAAAGUGCACUCUUUCCUCUGCAUUCUGGAUCCGUGACCCUAGAUGAUUUGAAAGCUCUUGGAGAAGUGGGCUACCAUCUUGCCCGUGCUGCGGAUAUACUAGGCCAGAUUACUUUCAUUACACAAGCGUCCAAAGUACCGCAAAUGGACCCUUCCUCACCAAAUUUCUUUGCAGCUCUAUCGGCAACUCUCCCUGCUACUGUUUAUCUCGACGGCCAGCUCAACAGAUAUCGAGAGUCGUUAGAAAUAAGUCCAUUGACCGUCAACGCACCUCCCUAUCUUGCAUACCAGUAUCUACGCAUCUAUGUCACCCGGAAUUCGGAGCAUGCAUCUCCAUCCGAGACACUGUCAAUGGUGAAGUAUCUGUUGAGCAACCUGAUUCACGGUUCAGUCACACCACUGCAUCACAUCUUCGCCAAUCUGGUGGCGACCACUUUGACAGAUAUAUCUGAGCGAGUGGAGACUCAGGUUGAGGCUCACGCCAGCAUCAAAGAAAUGAGUGAUGCUCUGGCAAAUGGGCAAAUCGUCCAUAGCAGCGUCGAUAAUCUUGGUUGGGAUAUUGCCUUGCGCGACCUUUUGCAUCAAAAGAAAGCCUCAACUCCAACGAACAUGAUGCUGGACCAAAACAAUUCUGCGAACCAACCUAAUAUGGCAGGUCUCCAACAUCUUGCUGAGGCUGCUGUAGGGGAGCGCGAAGGUACCGAUACCAGACCUGCCAGCAGCGCGGGCAAUGGGGGAUCCGCAUCCAACCAUUCCUCUGUUGACCACGAUCUCAAAGCUGCCAUGGCCGCUGCCAGUGAAGCUGCCGCGGCGCAAGCUACUGCUGCGCUGGCCGAACAACAACUUCAAAAUGGACCGGCGGAGGGGAACGGCAACGGCAAUAGCAACAGCAAUUAUGAUAGUGGGUUGAGCAAAGACGGUUUCAUUGCCGCUUUGACCUGA